CUUGAACAUUCUUCGAUUUGAGUUCUGUUGUCGAAAAACUGGCCUAGGGAAUUGCAGACUUGAAACUUGAUUGAUCAUAACGAUGGAGCUGAGAUUCUUCAGAUUGUCUCCAUUUUGUGUUCUCAUGAUACUUUUGCUUUCAGCGCAAAACACUGUGAAAGGUUAUGAAGAGUAUAUUUGUGAAACUGAUGAAUAUGAUAAUUGUUAUUUGCAAAACGUAAACAUAAUGAAUAUUUCUGCGAAUGUGAAAUUUAGUUUAAAUAAACGUAGGAGCACGGUUCGAUUCAAGAACUCUCAUAUUAUUGAAAUACCAAAAGCAGUUUUUGAGACUUCUUACUACUUAAAGUAUCUGGAUGUUUUUGAUUGCUCCAUCGAGAGGGUCAGCAGGUUUACGUUCGAGCAAGCAAGUCGCCUGGUUGAGCUCAAUAUGUCUUCGAAUUUAAUAGAGCGACUUGGAAAUUAUGUCUUCACAGGAGCCACGGAAAUGAAGGUUCUAGAUUUGAGUAACAACCAAAUUUCGAAUAUUGAAUUAAAAGCAUUUGACAAUCUGGAGAAGUUGAGAACUCUUCUGCUCAGUGGAAAUAAGAUAAGGGCAUUGAUGAAUUACGUAUUCAGUCCUUUGACGAGUUUGCGGGAGCUGUUCCUCACUAGAAAUGAGUUAGAAGUUAUUCAAAAGGACCUAUUUGAGAAUAAAACUUCUCUUCCAACGAUGCAUCUACAGAGCAAUAGAAUUCACCGAUUGGAACUGAACGGUCAAAUGCAAGUUUUGUUCGCUGCAAACAACAUUAUUUCUGAAAUAAUUCUUCAAAAUCAUACAAUUUACAACAUCUACACGUUGGAUUUAUCAAGGAAUAAUCUCACCUCAAUGGCCGGAAUUAAUGAACUGAAGGCACUGAAAGUGCUGGACUUGUCGUUCAAUCAAAUCGGAUCACUAGAAAUAUCCAGCUUCUCUAAGCUGACGGCAUUGGUUGAUCUAAAUCUAGAAAGCACAAAAAUCUCAAACCUCCAACAUGGUACAUUCUCACAUCAAACAGCUCUUCAACGGUUGGAUAUUUCUUACAACAAUCUUGAAGAAAUAGAUUUGGACAUUUUCAUCUCCUCUCCCAAAAUGGAGGAACUUUACAUUGACGGAAACCGACUGAAAGAAAUCAAAUUUGAAAAGAUUCCAAGAAUGUUCCAGCACUUGAAAUCAUUGAGCAUUGCAGACAACCAUUGGAGCUGCAGCUUUCUAAUAAAAAUGAUUGGCUAUCUCAAUUUCAUGCCUAUUGGAGGCUUCAAAACAAACGCAACCAUCACGGAUAAAACAAACGUAAAAGGAAUCUACUGUGAAGAUGAUAAACCUCCAACGGUAAACUGGAACACAGCCGUAAAACAUUUGGACAAGUACAUGAACGAUUCCAUACCGAUCGUCGAUGCAGCUGAUGUGAAGAAAAUUGUGAAGUCAGCAAGUUCCGACCAAAUUUCUGCUGUUGACAAAAUCAUUUCGCUGGAGCUUGAGAUAAACAAUCUGAAGCAAAAAAUUGACAAUCUUAUGCAAAGCAGCCAUAAUGGACACCGUUAUGAACCAGUCGCAGUUCAACAGCAACCUUAUUUGUUACCAGGAUCGAAAAGCUCAUCGAACCCUGCUUUUGAAGUUCUGGUUAUUAUUCUGUUGACAGCUUUAACGGUGCUGAUGGGUGCCGGUCUAUUUUUCAUGUAUCGGAGCAACAGACUGUUUGGUCAACGAAAUGCAACUCAUAACGGCAAUUCCUGUCCAAUGACCAGCGUGAUGGAUAACGAUUUUUGAUAUAAUGUAGGUAUUAAUGAGCUUGUAUUAUCUGAUAAUGAUU